AUGCCUUUAACUUUUACAAGUUGUCAAUUUGGAAAUUUAUCAUCGGAUUCAACCAAAUGGAAUCUUAUAUCUGUAAAUCCAUCUCAACCAUUAUCAAGUUCAUCAGAAAUCUUUAUAGAAUCUUUUGAUAGCAAAUUGUGUCUUACUACCAAGUCUAAUUCUGGUGUCGAGGCUUGUCCUUGUAUUAAUGAUGAUGUUAAUCAAAAAUGGAAAUUUAAUCUUGAUGGUUCUUUUUCAAGCAGUUCAAAUGAUGGAAAAUGUUUAACAGUGAUUGGUGAUGUUGUUGUUGGUUUAGAUACUUGUCAAAGUAACUCAACACCUAUGACAUGGAAAACCUAUAAUGUUGCACCAAAUACCAUUAAUGUUUAUACCAACACAUUAUUCCGUGGAAACUUUACUCAACUUACCGUAAAUACUUAUACUUCAAAAGACCUUCCAAAGGAAAUUUUUUCAUCUCCAUUUUCACUUGAGAUUCCACCUGGUCUUUUAUUUGUGACUGAAUCUGACAACAAUAACAAAAAUCCCAUCAUUUAUUCUUCUGACAUUGCACAAGUUGAUGCAAUCACAUCUUUGAAUUCCAAAAUAACCGUCAAAAAGUCUAAUAUUAAGAAACGUCAAACAAAAAUAGACAAUUUUAAAGAAGCAUAUGAUGAAAAUAAAGUUCAAAAACAAAUGAGAAAUUUAUAUGAUAUUGCACCUAGAUUGAAUAAUAAUUAUGAUGAUUUCGAAAUCAUAGUUGCUGAUAAAGGCAUAAAGACUUCGCCGCAUACUAUUUUCAAUGAAGAUUAUCACACUGGUGGUAAUGAUCUUUCUUGA